AUGGCGCGAGUUAAGAAGCCCCGUGGGAUCCGCCAUGACCGCGACUGCAGCCGCUGCAAAGUCCAUGGUGUCAAAUGCGACCUCAACAGACCCCGAUGCCAGUCCUGUCUCCAGCUCGGAGAAGCAUGCCAGUACCCACAACGAGUCGUAUGGGUUGACGACAAGAAAACAAAGUCGCAAACUCCGCCAGAGAUAGAUACUGCCUCUUCCAUUACAGAAAGUGGUCAAAUGCUCGCCCCUGAGUCAUCUACCAAACCAACCUCAAUCAAUGUGUACGGCUUCGUCGACCUGCUAGGCACCUUCUACCAACAGAUUCGCUCUAGCAGUCAAGGCAUACCAGAAGAAGGAAUCCAAUUAAUAUCUCGCACUCUCAGCUUCGCACGCUCACGCAUCGAAGAUGCAGACAACAAGCAGUCUAUCCAGUCGCAUCUCGUCGCGCUGACGAAUCUCAGUCAAGUCAUUGAAUCCGCGCAUCCGAUUGCACUUUUUGGAAUUGCCACCUUCGCCAUGUUCGAAGUGUGUUGCGGAUCUUUUGGGAACUGGCAUUGUCAUCUACAAGGUGCGCGCUCGCUACUGGAUCUCCACUGCCAACACAAGAGUGCGUUCGAUGAGCUUUGUGGCGAGAUCUCCGGGCUUGCUGAUGUACUGGCCUACCUGGUCUGGUUCGAUGUCACCGGUGCUCUUGUUAGAGAUAGUCCGUUGAUAUUUGAUGAUUGGCAUCGUGAGACGCUCGGUGUUGAAUUCUUUGAUUCCGUUGGCUGCCCGAGUGAUACAUUUGAGCUUUUUGUGUAUCUUGCGGAACACCGCAACGAUAACAGCAUUAACGCCAUGGAUCUCAGCUCCAGAGCUAUGGCUCAAGUCAUGAGUUUCGAUGCUGGGGUAAGCGACUGCAGUCUCGCUGCUACAGUGUAUAGAGGGGCGGGUGCUAUCAUGGCAUUUGGUCGGGCAGGCGGGCUGGUAGAUAUGAACCCCUCAGCAUCGAAUUAUCAUUCAAGCGCGGUGCGCUCAAUGGUUGAUCGGGUCUGUGAUGCGAUAGCGAAGAUACCUUCUACAUCCAGGUUCUACGUGCACCUAGCGACCCCCACAUAUUUGACAGCGAUGUAUGGAUCGACAGCGAAACAACGCGAGAUAAUCCGAGAUUAUUGGAGGAACUGCCAGUCGUGCGAGUUCCCUCGUUAUCCGGACGCAGAGGCACAAUGUGAGAAGAGAUGGGGAAAUGCAUCGAGUGGGGUUUAG